AUGCCGCCGUAUCUCCUAGGUCAAGGAGUUUUCAGUUUUAUUGAUGGCUCCAACAUAUGUCCAUCUCCAUAUGUUCUUGCUAGAGAUGAUAUCUCUUUUAAGGAUCUUCAACAGGGUGAUGAAUCAGUAACUCAAUUUAUGCAAAAAGUUAAGGCCUUGUUUGAUGAAUUGGCCACUGAUGCCACAGCAGGGACCGCUUUGAUGGUGGCUGGCAGCCCAACCAGUCUAGCAGUAGAGGUAAUUGUUUUACUAGCUCCAGACCUAAUCACUACAGCUUCCAAAGCUCCUCCUUCGAUGACAGUCAACAAGGCAUAUGGCAGGCAACGAGGUUAUGGCCAACAAUCUAUUGCCAAUCUGGUGCAGCGCAAUCUCUCCUCAAUAAGUUUCGUUGAUUGGUUUUUUGAUAUCGGUGCCAAUCAACACGUCAUACCUGAUCUUGCCACCUUGAUUGCUUCAGAACCGUAUCUUGGUAAUGAUAAUUUGUAUGCUGAUGAUGGUUCAGCUCAUCAAUUGGUUUCAUAUCGUCCUCGUCUUGAAGCACUCUCUAGUUCCUCCUCUACUUCGCUUUUCUUGGCCAAUGUUCCUGCAAAUUCGAUCUCUGCUUACAGCCCCUCCUCUGCUGACAAGUUUGUGGUUGCGGUUGCUUCUUCAUCAUCUUAUCCAACUAGUCUGCAACUUCUGGUACCGAGAGCAUGGUACACUCAUUUAAGUGAUUUUUUGCUCUUCAUUGGUUUUCGGGCUUCUAAGGUUGACACCUCUCUAUUUAUCUUAUCUGAUGGUACUAAUAUCUUUUAUCUCCUGGUAUAUGUUGAUGAUAUUCUACUUAUGGUUUUCAUACUACUCGAGGUUCCUCUUUUGCUGUACAUGGAUUUACAGAUACAGAUUGGGCUGAUAGUAUUGACGAUCGUUCCCUCAAUUUCUGCUCCUACCAUUUGGUGUGAUAAUCUUGGUGCGACCUGUCUCUUAGCAAAUACUAUCUUCCAUGCUCGUACUAAGCAUGUUGAAGUAGAUUAUCAUUUUAUCCGCGACCGUGUUACCAAGAAAGAGAUUCAGAUUUGUUUUAUUCCUUCUUGGGGUCAACUUACCGAUGUCUUCACUAAGGCGCUUCCUGUUGCAUCCUUUACUGCUUUUUAG